UCCGUGUCCUUCCCCCCUCCCAUCCCCCGCCACCCGGAGCCUGCCUUGACUCUCUCCCGCCCGGAGAGCGGCGGGAAGCCGGGGAAGGAGCCGGAGCCCGCUGCCGGCCGUGCCCGGUUGGAGAGAAGAAGGGGGGACCGCGCCGCCUCGGGACCAUUCCGGGGGCCGCCGCUAGGUGGGGGGAGCCCGGGCCCGGCUACCCGAGAAUGACUCUGGGCAGGAGCCGGAGCGGCAGCGGCGGCGGCGGGAUCAUGUCCGAGAACUCCCCAGAGGAGGAGCCGCUCUCCGAGGUGGAGGACGCGGAUAUCGACGUGGUGGGGCCCCCCCAGGACGGGGCCAAAUUCAGCGAGGAGGAGGAGGAGGAGGAGGAAGACGACGGCGACCCUCUGGGGCUGGCCAGGAGCGGGGCCAGCGGCCAGGCGCGCCUGGGGGGCUCCCCGGAGAGGCGCUCCGCCUCGGAGCCGGCGUGCGCCCGGGGCGCAGCGCCCGGGGAGAAGCCGGCGGCGGCCGGGAAGAACCCGCUGGUGAAGCCGCCCUACUCCUACAUCGCGCUCAUCACCAUGGCCAUCCUGCAGAGCCCCAAGAAGCGCCUGACGCUCAGCGAGAUCUGCGAGUUCAUCAGCGGCCGCUUCCCCUACUACCGGGAGAAGUUCCCCGCCUGGCAGAACAGCAUCCGCCACAACCUCUCGCUCAACGACUGCUUCGUCAAGAUCCCCCGCGAGCCCGGCAACCCGGGCAAGGGCAACUACUGGACCCUGGACCCGGAGUCCGCCGACAUGUUCGACAACGGCAGCUUCCUCCGCCGCAGGAAGCGCUUCAAGCGGCAGCAGCCGCCGCUGCACCCCCAGCACCCCGAGCUCCUGCUGCGAGCCGGGGGGGACCCCGGCCCAUUCCUGCCCGGCUUCCCGUACGGACCCUACGGCUACAACUACGGCCUCCAGCUGCAGAGCUACCACCACCCGCACCCGCCCCAUCCCGCGGCGGGGGGCACCUUUCCCUUCCAGCCCCCGCACUGCCCAGCCCUGCCCGGACCUCCGCCCCCGGCCGCCGCGGUCUUCUCCAGCGCCCCCAGCCUGCCCUCCUUCCUGGGCGGCGAGCUGAGCUGCAGGAAACCUUUCUACCACCCGCAGCUGAGCCCCACCGCCCUGCCCGCCGCCGCCGCCCUCCUGCAGACCCUCAAGGCAGACAACAGCCACGGCGGCGGCAGCAGCAGCACCCCCCGGAGGCCUUCUUUUUCCAUAGACAACAUAAUCGGGGGCGCUGCCCCGCCGCCCCACAGCAGCUCCCCCACCUCCUCACCUUACGCCUCUGGCCAAGUUGGGAGCCCGGCUCAAGUCCUGGCCAUGCUGACUCCUGCUUUGGCACCGGUACAGAACCACUUAAACUUGGCCCACGAAUCUCUCCUGCAGCCCGGACAGAACUUUUCCAGCAAAAUCACAAAUCUGAGUAGCUGUCCCUUUUAAAAGAGAUCAAACAAAAAAAGCCCCCUUCAAAAAAAAUGCCCUCCCCCCAAAUUCUCCUCCUGUUGUGUUUUAAGGUAGGAAUUCUUUCUCUCUUUAUUUUUUUUUGUCUUUUUCGCAUCCAGAUCUCUGUAUCUCUUCCCUUUGCUCGAAAAAGAAUUCUGAACUACCCUCCACUCUCCAAAAGUGUAUUUAUGAAGUGUCCAUAAUGUACGAUGGGAAACUCAGCUGGUUAAAAUGUAACAUUUUAUAGGUGUUUAAUUUUAUUUUUAAUGAUCUAGGGUCUUGGGAACAUUUUCUUUGCGAGUUGCAAACAUCCUGGCGAGAGAGCUGGUUUUGAAACUUUAAAGGAGAGUUUUAAAUGUCUUAAAAAGCUUUUGCUCGUUCCUUCAAAGCUCUGCUUUUAAGGGUUUCCUCCAACGUAUGAAUAUUUUUCUCCUCUCGAGGAAAAUGUUUAAUGAUCCUAUUUUUAAAUCUUGGUUUGAUUGGUUUUACUUAUAAGGCACCAUCCAGUAUUAAAAAAAAAUAAUAAUCAGUGAAACUCAGGAUGCUUUUAAUGAGACGUAUUCAAAUACACAUUUUAAAAAUCAGAGAUAUCAGGAAGUUUUAUAAUUUUCAUUUUUCUAUCCCAGAUUUUCCACCCCUUAAAUGUGUGGGUUUUUUUUAAUGUAUCUGUAAUUAUUUGUAUAUAGGUUAUUCGGGAGAUAAUGUGCAGAUUUCACCUCCCUCUCUUCACUGGUUGUUCAUCCGUCCUAUCUAUUUUAUUGAGAGACUCUGUGAAUACUUUGUGGAAAAGGCAACGCAGUUUUGUCCAUCCUGGUGUAAAUUAAUAAAUGUUUGUGAACUGUUUAAAACAAAA